AUGAAUAAUGACGAAUUAUUUUUUAAAAUUUUUAAAAAUAAAUAUCUAAAUAAAAUAAUAUUUAAAUUUAUAAAAGUACAAAAUAAAAAAUUAAAAUAUACAAGAUAUAAUUAUUAUGAUGUUCAUCUGAAUUUAUAUUGUAUUAAAAAAUUAAAAUUUAUUAUUAAACAUAUAAUAUUUAAUAAUAAUGAAAAUAAUAAUAUUAAUAAUGAAGAAAAUAAUCAAAAUAAAUAUAUUUUAAAAUUAUUAAAUGAAAUUUUAAAAAAUAAAAAUGAAAUAAUAAUAAUAAUUUUGGAUAAUUUUAUUGGUGAUAAUAAUGAAAUUCAACAAGAUUUCAGUAUUUUCAAUUGUCAAACGGCAUUAUCAUUUUGCAAAAAUAAAUUAAAUGUAGUGAAGGGUGCAGCCUUAAUAGAUAAAUUAGAGAAUUUAAAAACAAAUUUAAUUUAUAUUAAAUACAUUCUUUCAACUCAAUGGAUAAUAUGUCAACCUCGUCAUCAGCAACUUUUGAUUGGUUAUCAUCUCUUUCUUCUCCUCUAUCCAACACAACAAUCAACAACAUUCCUUACAUUUCGUCCACAUCAACCACCACAACUUUGA